UCGAACAUGCGCGCGCCGUGCCGUGCGCGAGGUCUACAUGACGUGAAAGAGCAGGACAUUCCUCCUGGACACUUUCGGGAUUACUUCUGCACCUGAAUGCGAACAGAAAGUGAGAACUCGGUGCGUCGAUGAGAAAGAUCGCGCAAGUGUUCAACAGCACACAUCGCGAAGAAUGCAACUUCUCACUUGUGCAGAAGAGGCUGCUGAUCUAUGAAUGGGACUGUGCUGUGGCCACCACGGCUUUCUGUGCUCCAGUCAGGACUAUGUGCUACCCAUGUGCCACUCUGAAUGCACUGGCCAGCUGUUUGCGAGAGCAGGGAGGGUGGGGCGGCCCACAGGGCGCGAGGCGGAAGCCGGGCAAUGCCCCCUACAUUCCGGAUUGCGGUACUGGGGGCUCAGGGGGUGGGCAAGACAUCCAUUGUACAGCGCUUUCUGCAUUAUGACUACAGUGAGGUGGCAGUGUCCAGUAAGAUGCGACGGGUGCAUCUUUCUGCCGCAGUGCUGAAUGGACAUGUGCAUGACCUUCAGAUCACAGAUUAUCCAGCCAUCAGCAGUUUUCCUGUCAGCACUCUGCAGGAAUGGUCAGAUGUUUGCUGUCGAGGCAUUCGAAGCGCUCAUGUCUACAUCCUGGUUUACGACAUCUGCUGUUUCGACAGCUUUGAGUAUGUCAAGACCAUGCGGCAGCAGAUCUUAGAGACCAGGGUCAUGGGCUCUGGGGACACGCCUAUUCUGAUUGUUGGCAACAAGCGUGAUCUACAGCGAGGUCGCGUCAUCCCCCGCCACAGUGUAUCUGACUUAGUGCGAAAAAGCUGGAAGUGUGGAUAUGUGGAGUGCUCUGCUAAGUUCAACUGGCAUGUUUUACUGUUGUUUGGAGAGGCUCUCCGCAGUGUGGGUUGUGCCCGCUGCAAGCACGUCCAUGCCACCAUCCGUUUCCAACGGGCGCUCAGGAGAGAUCGCUGUUCCCUAAUGUGAGCUUCCAGUUUCUUUUUUGAAAUGCCCAUUCGAAAACUGAUGUUUUGGACAAUGGAUGCUCCAUGAUUUCUUGGUCUGACUGGAGAGCUGUGAUAACCUUCUUGCCAAGGAAGACAGAUGUGGUCUUUAAACAGGGAGUCCCUGUUGCUUCAUUACCUAAGCCUUCAAAAUGAUGUCUCCACCUUUGGCCUGAAAGAACACAAUCAACAUCUCUGCCUCUUACCAUAGAAACUACAAAGAAACUGCCAAAAAGCUGGUAGAAGGCAACAAAAACAGCUUUACAAUAGUGCAGUUCUGUCAUUGCUUACAUUCAGGCCAGGACAGCAUAUCUAAAUGCUUAUGCUGAGCCUACGCUAAUGGAUUUUCUAGCACUUGUAAGGACAAGUGUCUCCCAGCUCAGGUGCCCAAAGAGGCACUGUACACAGGCACUUAUUCUGCAAUACUCCACAGAACACAAAUAAUACAAAGAGUGUACGUUCUAUGGAUACUUCCAUGUUGUUAAGAUAUUCCUAUUUGUCUUGUUUUGAUACUGUGUCUUAUCCCACAAAUGUACUUUAAUUUAUAGCAAAUUAUGCCUAGGUAUGAAAAUUUGCCCAACUUUGAAACACUGGAGACACAAUGAACUACCUUAAUUAAAUCAAGUGAUGGGGAAAGAGGAAAAUAUUAUUUGAAUGUUAAUGUGUUAUGAAUGAAUCAUCUGACAUUGUGGAACCCUUUUAGGUCUCACCCUUUGUUUUCAUGUAAAGAUUUGAACGAUGUCUGUAUGAGGCAAGUAAAAAAAAGUUAAAAUAUAGCCUUCUUUAAAGGUGCUGUAAGCGAUGUUAGCGGUUCUGGAACUUUUAUACACUUACGCAUCUCAUCCACACUAGAGCGGCGUUUUCCUCCACCAAAAUCUGAGACUUUCAAAAACACCCUCCAUAGUCGCAUACUUUGGAAACCGAUGACAUUAGGAAGUUUUCAAACUGAAACGGAUUAAUGUGGAUGUGGUCUAAGGCACUGAAUUAGACACACCACCUCUUUCCAAAGCCACAUCCACACUAAUGUCAUUUUCGUUUGAAAACUCAUUUUACAGUUUCUUAACAUCAUCAUUUAACCAAAGUAUGCGGUAAUAGAGAGCAUUGUUGAAAUCCUCCGUUUUCAGUGGAGGAAAACGCUGUUCUAAUGUGGAUGAGAGGUGUAAACGCAGCAAAAUCACGUUAAACCUGAAUGACUUCAUUUCAAUAACACACUUUCAGGUUCAUGCUUUCUAUAUAUGGGCUGCCUUGUGAGAACGCAAAAUGACUCACAGGCAGAAAUUGCCUCAAAGUCCUCUGAUUUGCUAAACAAAGAAAAGAAUAUGUAUGUGGCCCACGGUCACAUUUUGUUUUUUUUUUAUUUACAAAGACUAGCACUGUCACAAAGAAAUAUGUGAUAUUUCACGACACUCAUUUCACUUAUAUUUGUCAAGUAAUAGGGAGGUUUUCCGUGUGCCAUUCCAUUAAAAAAUCACUAACAGCACCUUUAACGAUUUUACCCAACACAUCUCUGCAACAAAUACACAACCCAGUUUGCUCAAAUACAUGUUAAAUACAAAUGUCUACAUCUAAAGAGCACAGUAGUCUUAUAAUUGGCUGGACAAUAAAAUGCAUUCUCUUCUUUGU